GUAUUUCGCGUUGGAGAAAUCGGGGCGCGGGCUUGGACUCGUCGUUUCAGGAGUUUCCCAGUAGAGGGCGCCAUCAGACCGCGAGUGCUCAGCCUGACUCGGCUUCGGAGGCGGUGCAUCCUCAAACCGGGGGCGGAGCUGCCGCGCUCACGUGACCCUUGCUCAUGGCGGCGGCGGCAGCGGAGGCGCUGGCGGCGCUAGGCGGCCGGAGCCGGAUCCUGUAGCCGGGGUGUGGGCUCGCGUCAGUCCGUCCCUCUUUCGGCCCCCUCGGUUGUCUUCCGGAGUGUGGUUGACAGAGCCGGGAUGGCGGAGCGAGGCCUGGAACCCUCGCCGGCUGCGGUGGCGGCGCUGCCGCCCGAAGUGCGGGCGCAGCUGGCGGAGCUGGAGCUGGAGCUCUCGGAGGGGGACAUCACACAGAAGGGAUAUGAAAAGAAAAGGUCAAAACUCCUGUCUCCUUACAUCCCGCAGGCACAAGAAACUGAUUCAGCAGUACAGAAAGAACAUAGAAACCAGACACCUGCUCCAUCUGCAGCUCAAACUUCCGCUCCUUCUAAGUACCACCGAAGUCGAUCUGGGGGAGCCAGGGAUGAACGAUACCGAUCAGAUAUCCACACAGAAGCAGUUCAGGCUGCACUGGCGAAGCAUAAAGAACAGAAAAUGGCUUUGCCCAUGCCAACCAAAAGGCGGUCCACAUUUGUCCAGUCUCCUGCGGAUGCCUGCACACCUCCCGACACGUCUUCGGCCUCUGAGGAUGAGGGCUCUCUGAGACGCCAAGCUGCGCUCUCUGCUGCCUUGCAACAGAGCUUACAGAACGCUGAGUCCUGGAUCAACCGUUCAAUUCAGGGAUCGUCCACUUCUUCAUCCGCAUCUUCUACGCUGUCCCAUGGAGAGGUCAAAGGAACCAGUGGGUCUCUAGCUGAUGUAUUUGCCAAUACUCGAAUAGAGAAUUUUUCUGCUCCCCCUGACGUCACUACAACUACCUCUUCUUCGUCAUCAUCUUCCUCAAUGCGCCCAGCAAAUAUUGAUUUACCCCCAUCGGGGAUAGUUAAAGGCAUGCACAAAGGAUCCAAUAGGUCCAGCCUCAUGGAUACAGCUGAUGGUGUUCCUGUCAGUAGCAGAGUAUCCACAAAAAUCCAGCAGCUUCUCAACACUCUGAAACGACCCAAAAGGCCUCCCUUAAAAGAAUUUUUUGUGGAUGACUCUGAAGAAAUUGUGGAAGUACCUCAGCCAGACCCCAACCAACCCAAGCCUGAGGGACGGCAGAUGACCCCUGUGAAGGGAGAGCCAUUAGGAGUCAUCUGUAACUGGCCUCCUGCUCUUGAGUCUGCCCUGCAGCGCUGGGGCACAACUCAGGCAAAAUGCCCCUGUCUGACUGCACUGGAUGUAACAGGGAAACCAAUUUACACUCUUACUUAUGGAAAGUUGUGGAGCAGAAGUUUAAAGUUGGCCUACACACUGCUUAAUAAACUGGGGACCAAAAAUGAACCUGUAUUAAAACCUGGAGACAGGGUAGCCCUGGUUUAUCCCAACAAUGAUCCAGUCAUGUUUAUGGUGGCUUUUUAUGGAUGUCUCCUGGCCGAAGUGAUUCCAGUGCCUAUAGAGGUACCUCUUACCAGAAAGGAUGCUGGAGGGCAGCAGAUUGGCUUCUUGCUGGGAAGCUGUGGUAUUGCCUUAGCUCUUACCAGUGAAGUUUGUCUAAAGGGAUUGCCAAAAACCCAGAAUGGAGAAAUUGUACAGUUUAAAGGUUGGCCCCGGCUCAAAUGGGUUGUAACAGAUUCCAAGUACCUUUCAAAGCCACCUAAAGACUGGCAACCCCACAUCUCACCUGCUGGUACAGAACCAGCAUACAUUGAGUAUAAAACAAGCAAAGAAGGGAGUGUAAUGGGAGUUACAGUGUCCCGCCUUGCAAUGCUGUCUCACUGCCAAGCUCUGUCCCAGGCCUGCAAUUAUUCUGAAGGGGAAACAGUAGUAAAUGUUUUAGACUUUAAGAAGGAUGCUGGGCUGUGGCAUGGCAUGUUUGCGAAUGUAAUGAAUAAGAUGCAUACAAUUAGUGUACCCUACUCUGUUAUGAAGACUUGCCCUCUCUCUUGGGUCCAAAGAGUACAUACCCACAAAGCCAAGGUUGCUUUAGUAAAAUGCCGAGACUUGCACUGGGCUAUGAUGGCACAUCGGGACCAAAGAGAUGUGAGCUUGAGUUCCCUCCGCAUGUUGAUUGUGACUGACGGAGCUAAUCCCUGGUCUGUGUCAUCCUGUGAUGCCUUCCUGAGUCUGUUCCAAAGCCAUGGUCUGAAACCUGAGGCCAUCUGUCCGUGUGCUACUUCUGCCGAAGCCAUGACUGUCGCAAUCCGCAGGCCUGGAGUUCCAGGGGCCCCUUUGCCGGGAAGAGCCAUUCUCUCCAUGAAUGGAUUGAGCUACGGGGUAAUACGGGUCAAUACUGAAGAUAAAAAUUCAGCACUGACAGUUCAGGAUGUGGGACAUGUAAUGCCCGGGGGGAUGAUGUGCAUUGUGAGACCCGAUGGACCUCCCCAACUCUGCAAAACAGAUGAAAUUGGAGAAAUCUGUGUCAGCUCCAGAACAGGAGGCAUGAUGUACUUUGGGCUUGCUGGUGUGACAAAAAAUACAUUUGAGGUGAUUCCAGUGAAUUCGGCAGGCUCUCCUGUUGGGGAUGUACCGUUCAUCCGGUCGGGAUUACUGGGGUUUGUAGGGCCAGGCAGCUUGGUUUUCGUGGUUGGAAAAAUGGAUGGGUUACUGAUGGUUAGUGGUCGAAGACAUAAUGCUGAUGACAUUGUUGCUACUGGAUUGGCUGUUGAAUCAAUAAAGACUGUUUAUAGAGGAAGAAUUGCUGUGUUUUCUGUGUCUGUAUUUUAUGAUGAGCGCAUCGUGGUGGUUGCAGAACAAAGACCUGACGCUUCCGAGGAAGAUAGUUUCCAGUGGAUGAGCCGUGUGCUACAGGCAAUCGAUAGCAUUCAUCAGGUGGGGGUUUAUUGUCUUGCUCUGGUGCCUGCCAAUACUCUGCCCAAAACUCCACUGGGAGGGAUCCACAUAUCUCAGACGAAACAGCUCUUUCUGGAGGGAUCGCUACAUCCUUGUAAUAUCCUCAUGUGCCCACAUACAUGCGUGACCAAUUUGCCAAAACCCCGGCAAAAGCAACCAGGUGUAGGCCCUGCUUCUGUGAUGGUUGGGAAUCUGGUUGCAGGAAAACGCAUAGCACAAGCUGCAGGAAGGGAUCUUGGGCAAAUUGAAGAGAAUGAUUUAGUGAAGAAGCACCAAUUUCUGGCGGAGAUUUUACAGUGGCGAGCCCAGGCAACUCCUGACCACGUACUCUUCAUGCUGUUAAAUGCCAAGGGAACUACAGUGUGCACAGCCAGCUGCCUCCAGCUUCAUAAGCGAGCAGAGAGGAUUGCGGCAGUUCUUGGUGACAAGGGACAUCUAAAUGCAGGAGACAACGUUGUGUUACUCUAUCCACCUGGCAUCGAGUUAAUCGCUGCAUUCUAUGGCUGCCUGUAUGCCGGGUGCAUACCUGUGACCGUCCGACCUCCUCAUGCUCAGAACCUCACAGCCACAUUGCCUACCGUCCGCAUGAUUGUUGAUGUCAGCAAAGCAGCCUGCAUUCUCACCACGCAGACCCUAAUGAGGCUACUGAGGUCCCGAGAGGCAGCAGCAGCUGUGGAUGUGAAAACCUGGCCAACUAUCAUUGACACAGAUGAUUUACCCAGGAAAAGGUUACCUCAGCUGUACAAACCACCCACUCCUGAGAUGCUGGCGUACCUUGAUUUUAGUGUCUCCACAACUGGCAUGCUUACGGGAGUGAAGAUGUCCCACUGUGCGGUCAAUGCUCUCUGUAGAGCCAUCAAGCUCCAGUGUGAGUUGUAUUCCUCUCGGCAGAUCGCCAUCUGCCUUGACCCUUACUGUGGACUUGGCUUUGCACUCUGGUGUCUCUGCAGUGUCUAUUCAGGUCACCAGUCCAUCUUAAUUCCUCCUAUGGAGUUGGAAAACAACCUUUUUCUCUGGCUCUCCACGGUCAACCAGUACAAAAUAAGAGACACUUUCUGCUCCUAUUCAGUAAUGGAGCUCUGCACCAAGGGGCUUGGAAACCAAGUGGAGGUGCUGAAGACCAGGGGAAUCAACCUCUCCUGCAUCCGGACGUGUGUGGUGGUGGCUGAGGAGCGGCCCCGCAUUGCUCUCCAGCAGUCCUUCUCCAAGCUCUUCAAGGACAUCGGUCUGUCCCCUCGGGCUGUCAGCACCACUUUUGGGUCAAGAGUCAAUGUAGCGAUAUGUUUGCAGGGAACCUCAGGGCCUGAUCCAACUACUGUGUAUGUAGAUCUGAAAUCAUUAAGACAUGACAGGGUUCGUCUUGUGGAACGGGGUGCCCCCCAGAGUUUGCUCCUCUCAGAGUCUGGAAAGAUUUUACCUGGAGUGAAAGUAGUUAUUGUUAAUCCAGAGACCAAAGGGCCUGUUGGAGACUCUCACCUGGGAGAGAUUUGGGUGAACAGUCCCCAUACAGCCAGUGGCUAUUACACCAUCUAUGACAGUGAGACUCUUCAAGCUGACCAUUUCAACACCCGCCUCAGCUUUGGGGAUCCUGCUCAGACGCUCUGGGCUCGAACAGGAUACCUGGGUUUUGUCCGCCGGACCGAGCUCACAGCAGCCACUGGAGAGCGUCAUGAUGCCUUGUACGUGGUGGGAGGUCUGGACGAGACACUGGAGCUGCGAGGCCUGCGGUACCACCCCAUCGACAUCGAGACCUCGGUGUCUCGGAUCCACAGGAGCAUGGCCGAAUGUGCCGUGUUCACGUGGACCAACUUGCUCGUGGUGGUUGUGGAACUGUGUGGCUCUGAACAGGAGGCCCUAGAUCUGGUUCCUUUAGUGACAAAUGUGGUCCUGGAGGAGCAUUAUCUCAUCGUGGGCGUCGUAGUUGUGGUGGACCCAGGCGUUAUCCCCAUCAACUCUAGAGGAGAGAAGCAGAGGAUGCACCUCCGUGACAGCUUCCUCGCUGACCAGCUGGACCCCAUCUAUGUGGCGUAUAACAUGUAACCAGCCUUGUGGGGAUUGCAGGGGCCAUCCUGCAAAACCACAGGACCAAAGAACCGUGACUAGGAGGAAGCUUUCAUAUGGUGUGAAAUAAGCUGAGAUGGCUACAUUAUAUCCUUCAUCUCAUCCUGUGGGAUUCUGCAAUCACCUGACACACAGGAAAGGGGAAUUCUGUGGUAGCAAAUGAAAAAAAUAUUAACAGUCUAUUAGUCAUGAGCUUUGACGUAGUGUGAGCAGCACGUUACUAAAGCAAUUACAUCCAUGUUGCAUUGUUUUCAUCUGUUGUAUAUAGUUGUAUUUUUACCUAAUGCUGUUUUAGAAUUUUGUAAGGGAGUUUAAUGAAUUCACAUGAAGGGGGUAGUCUGAGUUACACAGUUCCCCGCUCUGUACUGUAUUUUGCCAUUUUACCUUAGUUAGACAUUCUGCGGGUUUUGUUAACACGGAACUACUUGGCUUACUUUCAGUUGACCCAUAAGCAAAUCAGAUAACCCACUGAAUAUGAGAGUUACUUUAUAUAUAUAAAAUUCUUGAUGGUAAAACAUUUGACCAGUGUUUUAAACAUGUAAAUAAGAAUACACAUAAUUCAGCUAAAAAUUGACGAAUUGGCUUGUAUAGUUGUGACAACUAAAGUAGAAACAUUUCUACUUUGAGAGAAUCUCAGUAUUCUCUGGAUGCAGUGUAAUUGAAUAGGUGACUAAAAAGUGCAAAUUGUUUGCAGGUUUUGCUGCACAUUGUACUGUGUCUGUUGGCUGGUGUAUUUUAUAAACUGAAACUGCCUAUGUUUGUUUUUUAAGCUUGCAUUCCCAGAAUCAGCUUAAGCUUUUAAGAAUUCAGCCUGUUUCUACAAACUGAAGAAUCUCAGUGGAAAAAUCAAAAUGUGAGGAAAAGCUGAGAUUCAUUAGAUCCCAUCCAAUUUUAGGGAACCGGAAUAACUCACUCUGGCCCCCAGUGUUGAAACCGUCUUUCACGUUUAGAAGGACUGCAUAAGAAUUUAGAAUUUCCUCUUUUCCAGGCCCAUUGUAUACUGUGUCGGCAGUUUACAUCUAGCUUUUCUUUUCUGAGGACUGAAGAGCAUCCUCUGUUCUUCCAGUUCACGAGGGCGGGGAUUUUAAGAACAAGAGCAAUAGGCUGGGAAGGCAGUGGGGUCAAUAGUCACGCGAAGGCACAAGGCCUCGUAACUGCUUGUCUCAGAACUGACCGACUUGGGUUGCCAAAAUAGCCAGGCUUAUGCUGAAAUAGGGGAAGUCUGAUGUAUGCAAGAAACUCUUUUGAAAUAACUGUGGUGCCCAGGCCAAGCGGACAGAGCCUGGGACUGAGUUUGGCCUCUGGCUCGGUUUCCUUUCUUCGGUCUGAUACUUCACAUAUUUGAAUAUAGUUGAAUUUUAUUAUUUUUUUCUUACAGAAAUAUUUUUUAAAAUUAAAAAAAAAAAAAAACCUCAAAGUGAACAGAGUUAACUUGUUAAAUCAGAAUGGUUCUCUUUGACCCACUCUGGUCUAUUGUGUAAAUAUUUAUUUAGACUAUUUUAAUAAUACAUAUUAUUUACCCCACUGUAACAUCAUGUAAACUAAAUAUGUUUUUAAACAAUUUUUUAGACUUGUAAUUACCCUGAAAAUAAGGUUUAUAAUGCAAAGACCAGACCCUUUGCCACGGCAGCACUCCUGGGGGGCUGCCCUUACACAGUCUCAUGACUCAAAGCCACUUUAUUGACUCCCUUUUACAUAGUCCUCUUUUCCUCCCAACUCGUUCUCCACAGAGGGAAGACCUCAAGACAUUUUCCAGUUCCAGAUCUCUUUUUCAACAUUUUGGACGACGUUAACUUACACAUGAUGGGAGAGGUUCUAGGAUGUACAGGAAAAAAGCACUUGCACUGGGGUAAGAAAUCCAGUGACUAGCAGAGAAAACAGCCUGCUUAUUUGGAAAGUAAUUUUCUUAAGACAGUUUUUAAUGAUUUGCUAAUCAAAGCAAGGGAUCCUGCGGAUCUUUUAUCUCCAUAAUCCACAAGUUCUAAGAAAAAGGUAUAAGGCAGAGUCUAUCCUAUGGGUUGCUUUCAUAAUUCUUAUUUCACUAGUUAGGGUGUCUGCUAGAAAUAUACUGUGAGCCAUAUCUGUCAUUUUAAAAUUUCUAGUAACCACAUUUUAAAAAGUAAAAAGAAACAGGUGAAAUUGAUUUUAAUUAUUAUUUAGCACAAUAUAUCAAAAAUACUAUCAUUUCAACAUGGGAUCAACAUAAAAAAUUAUUAAUGAGAUAUUUUACUUUCUUUUUUUCAUAUUAUAUCUUUGAAAUCCAGUGUGUAUUAAGCACAUCUCAAUUCGGAGUAACCGUAUUUCAAGUUUACAGUAGCCACACAUGGCUGUUGGCUACCAUACUGGACAGUACAGAUUAUACUCAUUCCUUCAAAUAAAAUAUUCCGUUAAUCUCACGGUAUGGCCAACUCCCAGUUAUUUAGGGGCUGAUAAUCUAGUUUUGUAUUUCCUCAGGCCUCCGAUUUAUUGUUAUUUUUUUUUGCUUUCUGCCUUGUGGCUGCUUUAUUUAUCUUUUGCCUAUCCCCCAAAGCCAGAAUAAGCUGGUGGAGGAAAGAAAACUAAGAUGCUAAGAUGUGUCUUUGGGGAACUUCACCAGUAACUCUGGUAAAGUAUCCUCUGGAAGGGGAAGAGAGUUAGUCAUUAGUUGAGCGGCGUUUGUGGGAUCAUCUACAGAUCUAAUGCCUAGUCUGUUGCAGACUCGGUAAGAAAACUUUCUCUUGGUGACACAACGCUCUUAUUAGUCUUUCCACAUUAAGUAGAACCUUUGUGGUAGAACUGACUCUUAAGAGAGGCCCCCAAGGCCAUUAUUAAUAGAAACAGCCUUGCCAAAACUUGGGAACACAUUGUGUCUGGGUUUUUAUGCCUGUGGGGAGUGCGGGGUGGGGGGUGCGGAGGGGACUAAAGAAUAGCAAGCCCUCAUUUCAGAUAAGAGAAACCUAUUCAUCUGAAAGUUUUUGAACCUCUUUCUGCCUCUCAGCAGAAGUAAUGAGGUAGAUCAGGAAGGGGCUGCCUCCGAACAAAUGCCAUCUCCUGCAUCAGUGAGACCUUGGGAAUGACCAGCACGCUAAUGGACACUCUUUACUUCCUGCCUGCCUCAUAAAGGGCCCCUGCUUCCCCAGUACCAGUUCCUCCUGAAGUUGUGCUGCCUCAGGCUGUUUAGGGACCAUUGCCUGUCUAUUGGUCAUAGGAGUGUCUCCUUAACUUUAGUCCCUGGGCAGUGCUUGCUUAACGCUUUUGUUGAAUCAACAAAGGGCCCGAGGCCUUAGGCUUUUUUGUUAAGGUCUGUGCCCCAGGCAUGGUGCUCAAUAUCUUGGCCAAAUAAAUUACUUUCCUUGAAUAUCCAGGAAUCUUUAGACUGAAGCAAUGAGGAGUUAUCACCUCACCCUCAAACUCCAACGUGAUCUAUGCCUUAGAGUUGUUUUUGUUGUCUGCUUUCGUGUAAAAACAAGAGUAUUUGGAGCAAGCUGCAGUACUCCAAAUACACAAUAGGCCUUUUCUUUAUCAGUCAUUCAACAUUUCUGGUUUAGGUAUAUGUAGAUGGGCCAUGUUAUUUGUCCAGAGGAAGAGAGUGUAAAGAUAUAAGAAUAAUUUUUUAGUCCUAAAUGCUGUUUUGUUUAUUUUUUGUCAAGAUAUUUACCAGUGUCAGAUUCAAACUAUAGUACUGUGUAAUUAUGUAUAAAGUUUUUUUUAUUUAUUUGAAAUUAGACUAGAUAUACAUUUUUAAAUUUAACAUCUGGCUGGACAGUGUUCUAUUAACUCAUUGAAUGUGUUUCCUUUGUCUUGUGUUAAUAAAUAUUGAUGGCUGAUUAUGUUUAAUGCUUCACACAUUGGGAGAAUUGAUAAAUUGGAAUUAAUAAAUUUUAAAUUUAACUUCAGAUGGUAAGACCCAAAGAUACCUAGAGAGGUCUAAGGAAAAUGAACACAGAGAUCCGAAGUUAUAGCAAAUCUGUUCUAUAAAAGGAGGCCAGAUUGAGGAACAGUAGAGAGUCAUUUUGAAAACUAAGAAGCCUUUUGUCCAGACCAAUUAUAACUUAGUUUUCCUCCUACCCCUGUAGCAUUUGGUAGUUUUAAACUAUUGAUCAUACAUGUUAUUUUUAUUUUUUAAAAUCUGUAAUUGCACUGGGUUUCAGCUUUUCUAAGGUAAUACCUCAUUUGCUCUCCCAUUUCCUGGUUUCAAGAAACUUGAUGGGAGUUUUUCUCAAAUUGAGCAUAUUCUCAGACACUGAAACUGGUCCUUGAAUUACAGUCUGAGCUAUUCAGGCAGCUGAUAACUUUUUUUUAACUUAAUACACAUUUAUUGAGUGCUGCCUACCCACUAGGCACAAGUCACUGUGAUAACAACUGAAGCGCGCGAGAGAGAAACUCAAGUUACUGCCCUCAAGAAGAUACAGGAAAACAAUACACUAUAUUAAGGGUUACGAGUAGAGGUGGACUGUGGGAGCAGGUAGGAUAGGCACCCAAUCCAAUGAUGAGGGAGGAUAAUGAGGAAUUCGGGCUGCAGGAGGUAACAUCUGAACUGAGUUUUGAAGGAUGAGCUAGCCAAAUAAAGGCAGCAAGUGGGGAGGCAGAGUUGCAUAUUCUGGAAACUGCAAUUUAUUAUUAGGAUGUAGGGUUUAAAGGGAGAAAAGUAAAAGAUAACUAUCUGUGGAGGUCUUGAGCCAAGGACAGAUCACUAAGGGGCUUAAUGUGUCAAGCUAAGAAUUUUGGACUUUUAUCCAGAAGGCCAAAGACAGCCAAUGAGGUGUUUAUAGAAAGGAAAUAACAUGCUCAGAUUUGCAACAUAGAAGAUUAUUCUGGUAGUCAUGUAGAAAAUGGAUUGGUGCAGGUAGGGAAAGAAAGGUAAAACCUGGGACAGGGAGAUGAGUUGAGAGGCCUUUGCAGAAACUGCAGUGAUAGAGCAAAGCACUUUAACCAACGCAGUGACAGGAUGGAGACCAGAGACAAUGCAUGUAAACUUGGGAGAGAGUAAGAUGUCAAUCGCUGAACAUUCAGGAUUAGGAAGGAGGAAUCCAAAAUAACUUGCAGAUGUCUGACUUUGGGAGUUAGGUAGAUGUGGAGUCAUUUACCAAGAUAGGGAAAAAAGAGGAGGAAUAGAUUUGGGAAAGAAGAUGCUGUGUUCCAUUUUGGUCACGUUCAUUUGAGGUGUGUGGAGGUCCAACAGGUGGCUAAAUAUUUAGGUCUCUGCCUCAGGAGAGCUCUGGCCGAGAAAUACAGAUCUGGGAGACAUUCU